GUCCUCUCACCCACCGGCCAUCCUCCACCACAGACAGGUUUCUGUGCACUUGUCCAAUUCCAAUCCCACCUCCAACGACCAAGAUCACCGUCCAUCAUGAUCGUCGACAAGUUUGAGGAAGUCUUGCAGACGGCAGCCCUUCCGGCUGCUGCCUCUGUUGCACCCAUCCCCUCUGUCGUUCCUGGAAGCGAGCCUAUCUACCAGGUUGCCGGUGAUGCUGGACAGAAGGUCCUCUGGGUUGUCUUUGCCAUCAUGCUGGUUGCCUCUGGUGCUUUCACUCUCAUGUCAUGGAAUGUCCCCUUGAACAAGCGUCUCUACCAUGUCGUCACCACCAUCAUCACCCUGACUGCUGCCCUCUCAUACUUCGCCAUGGCCACCGCCCACGGUGUUACUCUGUCCAAGAUUGUUGAGCGUGAGCAGCACGACCACGUUCCCGACACCUUCACCGUCACCUACCGUGAGGUCUACUGGGCCCGUUACGUCGACUGGGUCAUCACCACUCCUCUCCUGCUCCUCGACCUUGGUCUCCUUGCUGGCAUGGCCGGUGGACACCUGAUCAUGAUGAUUGUUGCCGAUGUCUUCAUGGUUCUGACCGGUCUCUUCGCUGCUUUCGGCUCCGAGGACACUCCUCAGAAGUGGGGCUGGUACACCAUCUCCUGCAUUUCCUUCAUCUUUGUCUUCUGGCACUUGGGUCUCAACGGUGGAGCCAACGCCAGCGCCAAGGGCGAGAAGCUCCGCGGCUUCUUUGUCUCCAUCGCUGUCUACACCGCCAUCCUCUGGACUGCCUACCCCAUUGUCUGGGGUGUUGCCGAUGGUGCCCGCAAGGUCAGUGUUGACACUGAGAUCAUUGUCUACGCCAUUCUCGACGUUCUCGCCAAGGCUGUCUUCGGUGCCUGGCUCCUCAUUGUCCACGCCAACAUGCGCGAGAGCGAUGCUGAGCUCAACGGCUUCUGGGCCAACGGCCUCAGCCGCGAUGGUGCUAUCCGCAUCGGCGAGGAUGACGGUGCCUAAGCGCAUACUGUCAAUCCUAGAUACUUGAAGCAACUCCCAUCAAAUUGCCUAGACAAGCGUGGUUCGCCUCAAGUGCAAGUCCAUGAGGGCCUGAACCAGGUUCGAUGAUCCAAAAAAUAUCUCGACGGUACAUGUUCCUAUUCAAAUUCUUUUCGAUAGCAUCUCUCUUUAGUAGUCAAGCCUGUCAUCAACGGAGUCGGAGGCUCGCGGAUAAUCAUGGGACGGGUAGUUUAUAGCGCGUUCUGUCCAUAUUUAAUGAGAAAAUGAUUUGGUCUAA